AAAAGCAAGGGGGCGGGGAUAUGGAAGUUUCCGUGUCGCCUCCUUCCAUAACAAUAACAUAACCCUGGGAGUCGCUCGGGCUGCGCGCUCUUGGCUGGGGAAACCAUGCCUUUUCUGGGCCAGGACUGGCGAUCUCCAGGAUGGAGAUGGAUUAAAACAGAAGAUGGUUGGAAGCGAAGUGACCCUUGCAGCUCAGAAUUUGAGGAUGAAGGCAAUCCGCUUAAUGACAUCGACCAUGCUAUCCUCUUGAACAGCGAUGAAGAAAUAUGCAGCACCGAAUGUGAAUUUGCAAGCAAGAAAAGGAAAAAGGAUCACUUUAGGAACACGGCAAAAUCUCAGUGUUUUUAUCGUGAAAACUGGAUAUAUGUUCAUAAAGAAAGUACCCGUGAAAGGCAUGGCUAUUGCACUUUGGGAGAAGCAUUCAAUCGUUUGGAUUUUUCAAGUGCAAUUCAGGACAUCCGGAGGUUCAAUUACGUAGUUAAACUUCUGCAGUUAAUAGCCAAAUCCCAGUUGACAUCCUUGAGUGGUGCUGCUCAAAAGAACUACUUCAACAUUUUGGAUAAAAUUGUUCAAAAAGUUUUGGAAGACCAGUAUAACCCACGCCUGAUAAAAGAUCUUCUUCAGGACCUGAGUUCCACCCUCUGCAUGUUAAUCAGGAGUGUAGGGAAAUCGGUGCUGGUAGGAAACAUCAAUAUUUGGAUUUGCCGAUUGGAAACUAUCCUUCUGUGGCAGCAGCAGCUCAGUAAUCUUCAGAUGACCAAGCACAUCAACAAUGGACUUACACUUAGCGAUCUUCCUUUACAUAUGCUGAACAACAUUUUACAUAGAUUUUCAGAUGGAUGGGAUAUCAUUACUUUAGGACAAGUGACUCCAACAUUAUAUAUGCUCAGUGAAGAUAGGCAAUUAUGGAAAAAGCUGUGUCAAUACCAUUUUGCUGAAAAACAAUUUUGUAGGCAUCUUAUUUUGUCAGAAAAAGGUCAUAUUGACUGGAAGCUGAUGUAUUUUGCACUUCAGAAAUGUUAUCCCAUAAAGGAACAAUAUGGAGACACCUUGCAAUUUUGUCGUCACUGCAGUAUUCUAUUCUGGAAGAUGACAUCUGGAUGAUGAAGCCAGCAUGCCUUCAACUGAAAACAUAGAACAUAGAAUAAUUAAAGAGUUGGAAGACACCUUUGAAGUUUUCAAGUCCAACCCUCUGCUUCAGCAGGAGACCCUGUACUAAUAACUGGAAACCAGGAAUGAUUUUCUCUCAUUGUAUGUUUGUAGAAACACAUAGGCCGUUGGUUUUUAUUCUCUUUACAAAGUUGUGUUACUUGCUAGAACUGACUAGUAGAAUAAUAGCAGGGUUUAGAAAAUGAAAGAGACAAGGAGGGCAAGAGUUAAAAAGGAUUCUUAAACUGCCAUCAACCCCAGCCAUUUAUCAAAGCAGAUCUGUGCAGAGAUACACAUCACAAGAUGACUUUUUUGUUUUUUAAAUGACCUGAUAACUAUAUGCAUUUGUUCUGAAUGAAUAAAAGGGCUUUGAAAAUCUAAACACUGUGGGAAAUAUAUUGCUCUGCGGUAGUUAAGGAAAUGGAAAGCAACAAUCUCUCAGUGUGAAACUUUUUAAAAAAAAUUUUUUUAAGUGCUUCAUUUGAAGCACUUUACAAGUAGAAAUUCUGAUUUUCCUGUGUAGCAUCAUAGUAUUCCGUUUCAAAGUAACUCACUUUGGAGUAUUAGGUGAUUAAGCUCCCAAAUGGUGUUAAGCCAUAAAUCAUAGAUUUUUUGGGUUUUUUUAUUGAAUUUAUAUACCGCCCUACUCCCGAAGGACUCAGGGCGGUGAACAGCCAUAGAAUAAAACAUAUAAAUACAAAAUUUAAAAUAAAAUAAAACGAAUUAAAUAAUUUGGCUGAACAAAUUUAAAACCCCAAUAAUUUAAAACCAAAUUUAAAAUUUGCAUUUAAAAAGGGGAAAGACUUAGGUCAGGCCAGCUUGAUGAAAUAAGAAAGUCUUGAGCGCGCGACGGAAAGUACACAGAUCCGGGAUCCUCCGUAUCUCCAGGGGGAGCUUGUUCCAGAUAGUAGGUGCCCCCACAGAGAAGGCUCCCCCCCUGGGGGCAGCCAGUCGACAUUGUUUGGCCGACGGCACCCGGAGGAGCCCCUCUCUGUGGGAGCGUACUGGUCGGUGGGAGGCUAUUGGUGGUAGCAGGCGGUCCCGUAAAUAACCAGGUCCUAAGCCAUGGAGCGCUCUAAAGGUGAUAACCAAAACCUUGAAGCGCACUCGGAAGACCACCGGGAGCCAGUGCAACUCGUGCAGGAGAGGUGUUACAUGGGAGCGCCACGUCGCUCCCGUCACCACCCGCGCGGCCGCACUCUGCGCCAGUUGGAGCCUCUGAGUGCUCCUCAAAAGUCCAGACAGGAGGUGACGAGGGCAUGAGUGACCGUGCGUAAGGAGUCCCGAUCUAGAAAGGGACGCAACUGGCGGAUCAGGUGAACCUGAUGAAAAAUCCUCCCAGUCACGGCCGUCAAGUGCUCUUCUAAAGACAGCCAUGAAUCCAGGAGGACACCCAAGUUGCGAGCCCUUUCCGUGGGGGCCAAUGAUUUGCCCCCAAUAGUCAGCGAUGGCACCAGCUGACUAUAUCGGGACGUCGGAAACCACAGCCACUCGGUCUUGGAUGGGUUGAGCCUGAGCCUGUUUCUCCCAAUCCAGAUCCAUAUGGCCUCCAGGCACCAGGACAUAGUUUACAUGAAAAUGGCCAGAUUUGUUCCACAAACUUAAACAUAAGCAAAUUACUUAAUUAUUGAUCACAUUAUAUGAGCCCGGUAUCACAGAUGCAUUUUAUAACAUGAACUUUUUGAAAGCUCUUAAGUCAAGUGACAAUGCCCUGGUAUUAUUCUUCAACUUGGAACCUUUGGAAGGCAGUGGCUUUGAGCCUGACAAUUCCAAGCUAGCCUCGCCAGGAGUUUGGGAAUUGUAGUUCCAGUGUCCUGGAAAAGUUAGGGAAAGCUGCACUAAGUCUUAGAAAUUUCUCAGAAAGAACUGCAGUCACCAGGAAUUGUAAUGCAAGCAUACUUAAUUCUUGGCUUCAUCUGCCUGAAGGAGAAAAUGUGUUACAAACAGAGGUGGGUUUCAGCAGGUUCUGACCAGUUCUGGAGAACCGGUAGCGGAAAUUUUGAGUAGUUUGGAGAACCAGUAGUAAAAAUGCUGACUGGCCCUGUCCCCACCUAUUCUCUGCUUCCCAAGUCCCAGCUGAUCGGGAGGAAAUGGGGAUUUUGCAGUAACCUUUCCCUGGAGUGGAGAGGGAAUGGAGAUUUUACUGCCAUGCCCACCAAGCAAUGCCAUGCCCACCAAGCCACGCCCACAGAACCGGUAGUAAAAAAAUUUGAAACCCACCACUGGUUACAAAAUAUAUAAGAAUUCUUUGCAAAGAAUAGUAAAGCACCUGCUUUGGUCAUAAUGGGCUCCAAGAGUAGAUUUUAACAUUUCCAGGUAUAGCUGUGAAAGAAUCUAGUCUGGAACACAAGAUUUGCUAUUUAUUUAUUUAGCAUAUGGCAAAUACAUGGAGUUAUAGUAGUUCAAAUGUUAAUGUCCAGCCCACCCAGCCAUUCAAGGACAAACUGGUCUAUGUUGAAAAAAAUCAGACAUUGGGCCGGUGUAAGUUCUUGAUGGACAUUCAGACACAAUGUGGUGGAUAUUUUGUCGAGGAGCACCACAGUCACACGGGUAGAGACAAGACCUCACUUAAACAAUAAGUCCUGGCAGACACCAUGUUCGGUAUGGAUCCUGUUCAGAGUUGACCAAUGCUGGCAAGGAAGGUCAAAACCUGCCACCUUUUGUGUAGGGUCAUCUACAUAACUGCCCAUUUGGCUUUCCACUGUGUGUUGACAUCAAAGUUGUUAGCUGUUGAGCAAAUGCCAGCAGGGCUUCCUGUAUUUAAGACUGCCAAUUGAUAGAUCAGGAUGAUUAGCGUGCACAGGAAGACGUGGGUUUCUCAUAAUUUUGUUGUACUCCUUCACUAAGGUUUCCUGCCUUCGUAGGGCUGGUGGUGCAAUAUGGCUCAAGACGGGGAGCCAGCAAGUAGGAGUAGAUCUUAUGCAACCGCUUACGAUCCUCAUUGUAUCAUUUAGUCUAGCAUCGAUCUUGCUGGUGUGGCAGCUAUUAAGCUAAACGGGGGCGCAGUAUUCAGCUGUGGAGUAGACCAACCCUAGUGCUGAUAUUCUGAGAGUAGAGGCUGAGGCUCACAAGAUUUGCUAUUAGCUGAUAUAGACAAUCCCAGAUAUGUCUUUCCCUAAGACAGUUCCUAAGACCUAUCUGCAGCUGUCUUCCUGAUGUGGUACACUCCAAGGAUGUUGAGACUGAGCGUUCCAGAAUCUUUUAUCAUUGUGGACAUGUUUGUACAUUUUAAAAUCUACAGUGUCAUUUGAGAGUGCCAGAUUGAAUAAAAGCUAAAGUAGUCCUCAAUUUACAAUCAUAAUUGGGACUGGAAUUUCAGCUACUAGGUGAUGUAGUCAUUAAGCAAGUCAUUGAGUGACUGGACUUGAUUUUAUGAACAUUUUUACUACAAUUGUUAAGCAAAUCACAAAUCUGAGUUUGAUCUAGUGGUUAAAGCACCAGGUUAGAAAGCAGGAAAUGGUGAAUUCAACUCCUGCUUUAGACAUGAAAGUCAGCUGGGUGACCUUGGGCCAGUCACUCAUUCUCAGCCCAUCCCACCUCACAGGGUUGUUGUUGUGGGGGAAAGGAAGAAAAAGGAGCAUUAGAUAUGUUCACCGCCUUGAAUUGUUUAUAAAAAUAAUAAAGGUGGGAUAUAAAUAAAUAAAUAAAUACAUCUAGCUUCCCCAAUUGACUUUGCUUGUUGGAAGGAUGCUUUUUCUUGCAACCAGUGGUAAAUGCAAAUUGUGAACACAUGACCACAGGAGUAGGCGAUGGUUGUAACUUUGGGGACAGGUUCAGGGGUGAAAUUCACUUACCUUCCCUACCGGUUCGCAAAUGUGCAGGCGCCAUCCACGCAUGCGCAAAGCCUUAAAAUCAUGAGCAAAAAAGCAACCUCAUGACGUCCGUGUGGGUGGGCGGAGCCUCCUGCAGCUGCCACUACCGGUUCACCCGAGCCAGAUAGAACCAUCUGAAUUUCUGUUCUGUCCCCGUCACACGCACACACACAAACAGACAGCCAGGAGUUAAUGAAUCAAACAGUCAGGAAUUCCUUUAAGAUAAUCGUCUUGGCAGCGAAUCAUGAACUGCCUGCCAAGAGAUUUUACUCACUAAGGGAGGUUUUUUCUCCUCAGUCCGAUAUACCAAAUUAAUUCCACAAAGCAAAGAAUUGUCAAAGUCCAGUCCGAAGAAAUCCAAAAAGAGCUUCUAACAGGGUUCUAGAAACACAAUAUGACUUCUGAGCUUUUCAAUUUGUCCGUCACAAGGCCUGAAUAGCCGACACACCCCCUUUUAUCCCUUGUGGGGUGUGGUCCAGUGACUCAGCUCAAUCUCUGGCCCGCCCACGCCUCUUUCUCUGCAGCGCACCUUAUCCUUCCAACGCUGUCUGGGAUCCAGCCAAAACUCAUCCCCCUCACUCUCUUAUCUGCGGUUGCUCCAAAGUGCCUUGCUCCUGGCAUAUCUCCUGGCCUUCAGAGGAAACCGGAGGCAUUGCCAGAGAGGAGGGUCCUGGAGAGGGAGGCCUUGCCAAAUCCUCUCCUUCACCUUCUGAGUCCUCCUUCACCAUUUCACUCCUGGAUAGGUUGUGAGUUACUUUUUUCAAGGCCAUUGUAAUUUCUAUCUUUAAACAAAUGGUUGUAAAUUGAGGACUACCUAUAUUUCCCAAAAUCUUUCUAGGAGGGAUGAAAUCGACUUUUUUUUCCAGCCAAGAAUUAUGCUUGACUUUUGAAUAGUACGUUGGAAGCUGCAGUUUUGGAGUGAGUGGGACUGAACAAAGCACCCAUGUGACAUUACUUAAAUACAUGCAAAAUAAUUAUUCCCAUAUAUUUCAAGUAAAUAUUUACUGUAGCUGACAGGCUAGGAAUAAAUACCAGUGCAUUAACAAUCUCUCCCUCUUGUUUCAUACUGAAAGAAAAACUUUUGGCAAGUGCUUAAGGAGGUAAGUUGUGGCUUGGGUUACAAGUUAUGCAUUCUUGAACUCGAGAAUUGUUUGUGGGGCCUUAGAGUUCAAGAGAUGUUUUGAUCUAGCCUCAGUUCUGAUUUAAAAAUAGAAGCAGGAGACUUUGACCCAGAUGCUCCUUUGUCUCAGCGCUGCUUCCUGUACAAAGUCCCAUUUGGUGGCCAGCAAUUUUCUAGUCCAUAACAAGAAUAACGGUGUUUUUCCUUUCUUUAGGACACGGGUCAUCCUUGUACAGCUAACGAUCCCACUGGGUGCUUCACACCAGUGUCACCUCAGCACUUCAUAGACCUCUUCAAAUUUUAACGGCAACCCAUGGCAGAGGCUGAGGUGUUUUUUGUAAAAGUUUGGCAGCGCCAUGCAGUACGUGAAUGGGAGUUUCGUGUGUGUGUGUGUGUGUGUGUGUGUGUGUGCAAUACUUCUCCUGAGAUGUUUCAAGUUAAAACCUGGGUGUAAUCAGGUCAAAUAGAACAUUGCUGGAACUUCCAUUAAAACCUUCAAUUUCUAAGGAGGCAGAAAAGAGAAAGACAAUUCACUUAGGAAGGGAAGAUACACCAGAAAGAGAUAGGUUUCUGUGAAAGUAAUAAUUGGAAUCGGGCUAUCUGCUUGAUAGCCAACAACACAUUAAUGUUUUUCUUUGAGUUUCAGUGAGAUGUUUGGAGUUCACUUGUUACUGAAGUGAAGAAACUGAUGAGUUUCUUCUUACUUGUCCAAUUCUAAAUAAACCCAGUUGGUACAUCCUGUAAAUACUCAGGAUACUCUUAGGAUUUCUAUGUAUAUAUUAUGUUGAUUGUGAGCAUUACACAAGGGCAAAAUGUCUUGUAUACCACUUGUGCAGGAUAGCCAGCAAUUCCAUAUUGUAAAUACGUUCAGCACAAUAUUUAUUUUCUUAAAAUGCAUUCUAUUCAUUCCGUCCCAUCUCUCUGUCUCCUAAAUAAUGUGAGCUGUUAGUAUCCUGACUGCUGAGCCAAGAUACUGUUUUCUAGAUGCAAUCCAAUGAAUUGUGUUGAGUGAGAGAUAUAUGUGUUUUCCCAGUCGUCUUCUCAUUGAUGUCUCCUCAAGUCUUAAUCGCUUUGAGCAAAAUAUGUGGCUGGGCUUUGACAGAGAAUGGGACUUCGUUUGAAGCAGUGCUGUUGAAGCUUUGCUGUGAACAUCUUGGCUAGUUUCUCGGAAGUGGAAGAUAAUCUGAAUGCUCUGAAGACUACUCUGAGAAUGGGAUUGGUAGGAGAAGCGAAGGGCAGAUUUGCAAGAACUUCCACUGUUUAGAAACCCUUAAAAUCACCAUUUCCAUUUAAGACAAUACAUAGAUGAACAAGGAUUUAUGUUAUGUACCACCAUAUAUAUUGAAUCUAAGUUUCUACACGAAUAAAUCAUUUCAUCUUCUAA